UCUUAGAUCACAUUUGGAGAGAAAAACUCUUAGAUCACAUGAAAAGUGAAUGAAUAUAAUUUAUUUAAGAGAGAAUUAUUUCAAUUUAAAUUAUUUUUAGAGAGAAAAAAAUAAAUAAAUAAUACUCCCUCCGUCCGGGAAAAAACUUCCCAUUUGGACUUUUCUUCAUUUUUUUGAAGGGUUGACUAUUGGUGUAGUUUCCCUAAAAUGCCCUCCCUCUCCCUCCCCUCCUGACCAGCCCGACANCUCUUGCUAUGUCUCUGAUGAUGGUGCUGCAAUGUUGACUUUUGAAGCUCUAUCUGAAACAGCUGAAUUUGCAAAAAAAUGGGUUCCUUUCUGCAAGAAAUACAAUAUUGAGCCUAGAGCUCCGGAAUGGUACUUCGCUCAAAAGAUUGAUUACUUGAAGGAUAAAGUUGAUCCAUCCUUUGUGAAAGACCGCAGGGCUAUGAAGAGAGAAUAUGAAGAGUUCAAAAUACACAUCAACUCUCUCGUUGCAAAAGCCCAAAAGGUCCCUGAAGAAGGAUGGAUCAUGCAAGAUGGCACACCCUGGCCUGGAAAUAACACCAGGGAUCAUCCAGGAAUGAUUCAGGUCUUUUUGGGUCAAAGUGGAGGUCUUGAUACAGAUGGUAAUGAGCUACCUCGGUUAGUCUAUGUAUCUCGUGAGAAGCGUCCAGGUUUUCAGCAUCACAAGAAAGCUGGUGCUAUGAAUGCUCUUGUUCGUGUGUCUGCAGUUCUUACUAAUGGACCGUUCCUGUUGAAUCUUGAUUGUGAUCACUACAUAAACAACAGCAAAGCUUUAAGGGAAGCAAUGUGCUUUAUGAUGGAUCCUAAUCUUGGAAAAUAUGUCUGCUAUGUUCAGUUUCCACAAAGAUUUGAUGGUAUUGAUAGAAACGAUCGAUAUGCCAACCGUAACACUGUUUUCUUUGAUAUGAAUUUGAGAGGUUUGGAUGGCAUUCAAGGACCUGUCUAUGUGGGUACUGGAUGUGUCUUCAACAGAACUGCAUUAUAUGGUUAUGACCCUCCUAUCAAGCCAAAGCAUAAAAAAUCACGCAUUUUGUCUUCAUUAUGCUGUGGGUCUAGAAAGAAACGUUCCGAGUCAAGUAAGAAGGGCUCAGACAAGAAGAAAUCUAGCAAGCACUUGGAUCCCACUGUUCCAGUGUUCAAUUUGGAAGAUAUUGAGGAAGGAGUUGAAGGGGCUGGAUUUGAUGAUGAGAAAUCACUGCUCAUGUCUCAAGUGAGCCUUGAAAAAAGAUUUGGCCAGUCUGCUGUUUUUGUUGCUUCUACGCUUAUGGAGAAUGGCGGUGUUCCUCAAUCUGCUACUCCUGAGAAUCUUCUCAAAGAGGCAAUUCAUGUUAUCAGUUGUGGGUAUGAAGAUAAAACAGAAUGGGGAAGGGAGAUAGGAUGGAUCUAUGGUUCUGUCACAGAAGAUAUUCUUACAGGGUUCAAAAUGCAUGCCCGCGGCUGGCGGUCAAUUUACUGCAUGCCUAAAAGGCCUGCCUUCAAAGGGUCUGCUCCUAUUAAUCUUUCUGACCGUUUGAACCAAGUGCUUCGAUGGGCUUUGGGGUCUGUUGAAAUUCUUUUCAGCAGGCAUUGUCCUAUAUGGUACGGGUACACUGGAAGGCUGAAGUGGUUAGAGAGAUUAUCUUACGUCAACACAACCAUUUAUCCCCUCACUUCUAUCCCUCUUCUUUUUUACUGCACUCUCCCUGCUGUUUGUCUACUCACUGGGAAGUUUAUCAUUCCACAGAUCAGUAACCUUGCCAGUAUCUGGUUUAUAUCUCUCUUCCUAUCCAUCUUCGCCACCGGCAUACUCGAGAUGAGGUGGAGCGGCGUUGGGAUUGACGAGUGGUGGAGAAACGAACAGUUCUGGGUCAUCGGCGGCGUUUCGGCCCACCUGUUCGCGGUCGUCCAAGGGCUGCUCAAAGUGCUCGCCGGAAUCGACACCAACUUCACGGUCACCUCCAAGGCGUCCGACGAGGACGGGGACUUUGCGGAGCUGUACAUGUUCAAGUGGACGGCCCUCCUCAUACCCCCCACCACCCUCCUCGUCAUAAACCUGGUCGGCGUCGUCGCGGGGAUCUCGUACGCCAUCAACAGCGGCUACCAGACGUGGGGCCCGCUCUUCGGGAAGCUGUUCUUUGCCUUCUGGGUGAUCGUUCACCUCUACCCGUUCCUCAAGGGUCUCAUGGGGCGCCAGAACCGCACCCCCACCAUUGUUGUCGUCUGGUCUAUCCUUCUUGCCUCCAUCUUCUCUCUGCUUUGGGUCCGAAUUGACCCCUUCACUACAAGGGUCACUGGCCCAGAUGUCCAAGAAUGUGGGAUUAACUGCUAGUUGGGGUCAUCACUAAUAUAUGAUCUGUUUUCAAAACGUUUUUUUGGUUUCCCCACACUGUACAAUGUUACUGUAUCUACUAUCUGUGCAAUGUUCAUGUCCAGAAUUAGGUACUUUUAUAUACAUAUAUAUGUAUACAGUGUGCAUUAUUGAUUCAUAGAGCUUUCCUUUUCUAGUGUGUACAAUGACAUGUCACCAGAGUGAACUGAAUGGUUGCCAAUGAAAGUAGUAUGGUUGAUCUUGGCUGUUGUUAAAUUGUACCUCAUGAGAUUCGAAUUUCUCCUUAUAGUAAAAUUGUUUUUUCCCC